CUAAAUGGCUGACUGAGCGACUGCCCUUUUGAAACCUUGGGCAGCCCACAGCGCCGGGAAGACUAAAAUAGAAACCGGGAGCAUGUGAAAUAACAAGAACACCCAUAGAAAUAAAACAAACCAAUAUUAGCACAACUCAUGCCAACGAGGCUACGACAGAACUUGUUGACAUAGAAACCGAGGGACAAAAUAGUCAAGACAAACUUCAUUUCUAAAACCUGCCAUAGUUUUGAAACUUCCAUAUCGGUUUUUCUAAAACCACCGUCAACAACCGCCACCUAUUACCGGUCAUUAAAAUACCUCCAAUCCUUCUCACAUACAUACACACGCCAAUCACGAGAAAUAGAAACUCGAUUUCGCUAAGAACUUACUGGAAUAGAUUAUAAAUACAAAUCAUUUGGGCAUGCUUGGUCGAUUAGUUAGGGUUUAGAGGCUAAGUAGAAAAAUGGCUAAGAUGAGACACUCGCGACUACAAGCAAGGAAAAUGUCGACAUUGACGUUAGUUUUCUCGAUGCUAUUUAUGCUAACAGUGGUUCUUUUGAUGCUUUUGGCUCUCGGAAUCUUCUCUCUUCCUAUGAGCACCGACGAUUCCCCUCCAAAUGAUCUCGCUGCUUCCUAUCGCCGUAUGGCUGCUGAAAGAGAUUAUGAUGGUUUGGGAAAGAGAGUGGAGCAGUGGACUGAAAUUAUUUCUUGGGAACCACGAGCAUUUGUUUAUCAUAAUUUCUUGUCGAAAGAAGAAUGUGAGUACCUAAUAGCUUUGGCCAAACCGCAUAUGGUAAAGUCAACUGUUGUAGAUAGCAAGACUGGUCGAAGUAAAGAUAGCAGGGUGCGUACAAGUUCUGGAAUGUUCCUAAGGAGAGGAAGAGAUAAGAUUAUUAGGAACAUUGAGAAGAGGAUAGCGGACUUCUCUUUCAUUCCAAUAGAACAUGGGGAAGGACUUCAAGUUCUUCAUUAUGAAGUAGGACAGAAGUAUGAGGCUCAUUAUGAUUAUUUUCUUGAUGAGUUCAACACUAAGAAUGGAGGCCAACGGACAGCCACUCUUCUUAUGUAUCUGUCAGAUGUUGAAGAAGGAGGUGAAACAGUGUUUCCUGCUGCUAAGGCAAACAUCAGCAACGUGCCAUCGUGGAAUGAGUUGUCUGAAUGUGCCAGACAGGGUCUUUCAGUGAAACCAAAAAUGGGUAAUGCAUUGCUAUUUUGGAGCACGAGGCCUGAUGCUACCCUAGAUCCUGCAAGUUUGCACGGUAGUUGCCCUGUGAUUAGAGGGAAUAAGUGGUCAGCUACAAAAUGGAUGCAUCUUGGGGAGUACAGUGUCUGAGCCGGGGUAUUCGUCAAGGAUGGAAAUCUGGUGAUGGUAGUGGCGAAGGGCGAUAGAAUUUCAGACACAUUGGGGCACAUCCCUAAAAGAAGCAUAUAAAAAAAGUACUACAACAGAGACUGAAAUUUUUUCCUUUUCUUUUUCUUUUUCCUUUACCGUUUUUUUCUUGUUACCCCACAUCAGUACAUGACCCUUUUGUUUUUCUAACUAGGAUUGAGAUUUGGUAGUUGUUGAACUUUGAUAGUCCUGAGAGAUGUGUUCUUGUACUUGGAAAAUUAAUCGGUGGGGAGCAAGAAGGGGGAGGAUACAUUAAUCCCAAUAGGCAGCAAGCUGUUACACUGUAAACAAAAUUAAUAUCCGCGCUGGAAUACAAUUAGUCUGAUUUUUCCUCU